GGGGGCUCGGUUUGAUUCGGCCUCCUUCGGCACCGUAGACACGUCGGAAAGAAACGAUCCUCCGCCGAAGUUCCUGGGGGGCGAGUGAAGGGAUCCGGGCGAACCAGUGGAGAGGGGCCAGGAUUCACUCAUCAUCCACCCAGAGCGCCGGUGACACGAGGUCUGGAGCAUUUCACCUCAUCGUGCUGCGCGGAAAACCAAGGUCUCCACCGCCCGAGAACGUCAGAAAAUAAAGAAAAUGGCGGAGCCGGACAAAUUAAACAUCGACUCUAUAAUUCAGCGUCUCUUGGAAGUCAAGGGCUCUCGGCCUGGGAAGAAUGUUCAGCUGACAGAAAGCGAGAUCCGUGGCCUUUGCCUCAAAUCCCGUGAAAUCUUCCUGAGUCAGCCAAUCCUGCUUGAACUAGAGGCACCCCUCAAAAUCUGUGGUGAUGUCCACGGCCAGUACUAUGAUCUGCUCCGACUGUUUGAGUAUGGAGGCUUCCCCCCAGAAAGCAACUACCUGUUCCUGGGUGACUACGUAGACAGAGGGAAGCAGUCACUGGAGACUAUAUGCCUGCUUCUAGCGUACAAGAUUAAAUACCCAGAGAACUUUUUCCUGCUGCGCGGCAACCAUGAAUGCGCUUCUAUUAAUCGAAUCUACGGCUUCUACGAUGAGUGUAAGCGACGGUAUAACAUUAAGCUGUGGAAGACCUUCACAGAUUGCUUCAACUGUUUACCUGUGGCUGCCAUCGUAGAUGAGAAAAUCUUCUGUUGUCAUGGAGGGCUCUCUCCCGAUCUCCAGUCGAUGGAGCAGAUCCGAAGAGUAAUGCGACCCACAGACGUGCCUGACCAGGGUCUUCUGUGUGACCUGCUGUGGGCCGAUCCAGACAAAGAUGUGCUGGGCUGGGGGGAAAACGACCGCGGUGUCUCCUUCACAUUUGGGGCAGAUGUGGUGGCCAAAUUUUUGCACAAACACGACAUGGACCUAAUAUGCAGGGCACAUCAGGUCGUAGAAGACGGUUAUGAGUUUUUCGCAAAGAGGCAGCUCGUCACCUUAUUCUCGGCUCCUAACUACUGUGGAGAGUUUGACAACGCUGGUGCCAUGAUGAGUGUGGAUGAGACGCUCAUGUGCUCCUUCCAGAUUCUGAAACCAGCAGAUAAGAAAUUGUAUCCUUAUGGCGGAGGGGGAGGAAUGGGAUCUGGGAGACCGGUCACUCCGCCGCGAAAUUCAGCCAAGGCCGCCAAGGCCAAGAAAUAACACCCACUGGGUUCUCCUCCAACAACCUGCCACCCCCCUGUCGGCCCAGUGCUCUUUUUUUCCCCUCUACCUCCCAAACUUGUUUCUCCCUCGUCACCAAACAGCAACAAAAGCAAACAAGUGUCCAGGGUUCAAUCAUAUUUCUUCUCUCUAAAACUAUUUUUAACAGUUUGUUUGGCUGUUUGCGUGUAAUUCCUUGUGUGCGGAUGUGUAUAAAAAGUGCGACUGAUACAGAAGUAAUUUCUAUAUUCUGUAUAUGCGUUAUUUUUUUCUUCCUUCAGUAGGCUACCCUCUGUUGUUUCCUGUCAUUUUGUAGAGGUUGGUUGGAGCCUAUCUAUGAUGUAAAUUCAAACCUGGGUGCAGGCGGAGAGGAAGGGGGAAGAGAAAGGAGCCUUGGCUGUUUAUGUUAAGGCCCUGCACUGUUUAAUGCUAAACACAAGCUUUUGUACAUCCUGUUUCAGAGGUCUGUGUGUGUGUCUAUGUGAUGGGGUUGGGCAGGGAGGGCACAAGGGUGGGCACGGGGCGGGUGGAGUAAAACAGAAAUGGCACAUAAAACACACUGGGUGCACAGGUGGAAAUAUGUGCAGGUGAAUCCAUGAGACAUGUUAUUUCUUUCUUUUUCUUUUCCUUUUAGAAAACUGAUUUGAGAACAGUCAUGGAUGUGAAAUGGUUUUGCUUCUGUUGUAGAUAUAUGAAACCGACAUGGUUUAAUUCUUUUUCUUCUUCUUUGGUUUUUAGUUCACUGAAAGUUAAGAUGAAUAAAAAUAACCAUUUAUUUUAAUUAUUCUACCACGCUGAUCACUCUGUGUUUGCCAUUGCUUCCAAGGUCGAAAGUGUCAUUUUUGGCCCCAGUUUACCUGCAGUUGAAACAAAAGGGCAAUUCACAUGUUUAGCAACCCAAGGAAAGCUCUUUCACUGAGCUGCUGCUGCUAAUGGCCUCGUAAAUACCAUGUGAGAUCUGACAUCUCUCAGUUAUCUGGCAUUUAUUCUGCUCUCAACUUAAACAUAGUGCUGUAUACUCCAGAUGCCUACUGAGAAGAAAAUGGCUUCAAGCUUCUUUCUUUAUUUAGUUUUCAAAAGGAGAUGAGAUGGUGAAUCACUUCAGUCAAGUCCUUUUCAUUUGACAAAAGAAUGGGCUUGUUUAACCAUAAAGCCACAGCAAACCAGGGGGAUGCAUGCACGAUAGAACAAUGUGGAAGUGAAGACUUGUUGGCACAGCCCUUUAAAUCUGAUGGAGAAUCUGAGCCCAAACAUUCCCCUGUGAUUAUAUCUCAAAGUUUUGGAUUCAGUGCCAGAUGAUUCCCUGACAAAAAGCUCCUGCUGCUCAGCAAUUAAAUAAGUUUGUUGCGUAGGAUCGCUGUGUAAAAUACUCGCUUUUAACAACAUUCUCUUUCAGCAGCUCAGAUGCACACAGAUCAAGUACACCCAAGACAACUGAACCCUCAGACAUCACUUUCCUUGAUUCAAAGCAGACUCAUGAAGAUUUUAAGCUUUAUCUCUCCAUCACUUUAUGUCACGUUCUCCAUUUUGCAGCCCCUUUAACUUCAGCUGGCGUACAGGGUUUCGCCAGUGAAAGCAGUCCAUAGGUCAGCACAGGCUGUUGCAACUGGUGGAAAAAAAAAAAAAGUGUCUCACUGCUCAUUUAUAGUUACCCAAACACCCCCUCCCCUUCCCAUCAUUACAUAAUUGGUCUGUCUUUUAUUUGCCUGCUGUCUGUCCUCACUCUUCAGCCCUCUGUCCAAGCGUAAACACACAGGCUCACAGUAAUCGUUGAUCAAGCUGAGCGUGGUGCAUGAGUGCAGACUUUAGCAGAGGGUAUUGAAGACGUAGUUCAAGCUUCACCUCCAUUUUCUCUGCCAGACGUUUUCACCUCAGUACCUCAGAAACUAAAUGGUUUUUUUUUAUUCUUAAAGAAAUUAUUGUAAGUAAUGUAAUAAAUUACAAAGUAAGGAA